AUGAGCAAGUGUAUGAUAUUUAUUCUAUGUGUUACCACCUUGUUAGCUGUAGUACAUUCGGAAUCAACACCAUGGGCAGAUCACUCAUGCGGUGGUUACAGCGAAGGUAGUGGUAGUGGUUAUGACAGUGGAUACGGAGGUGGUUACGGCUGUGGUUACAGAGGUGGUAGCGGCGGCGACUAUGGUAGUGGCAGUUGGAGUGGUUACGGACCAUAUGGCCAAUACCACCACAAUGUCGUAUACGGUGGUGGUAACCCGUGCGGUGGUAACGGUGGUGGUUACAGCGGUGGUUACGGGGGAGGUUACGGCGGUGGUUACGGAGGUGGUUACGGAGGUGGUUACGGAGGUGGUUACGGAGGCGGUUAUGGAGGAGGCUACAGUGGUGGAAGUUGGGGUGGAUACGGUGGAGGCGGAUGUGCUACCGGGGGAUGCGGUGGCACAACCAACAAUAUCGGAAAUGGCGACCAUAACUACAAUGUCGUCUAUGGAUGA